AGCCCGCGCCCGGCGCACACGCAUCGCCGCGCCCUCGAGUCCCCCCCGCAGUAAAGUUCGGCUCAACUUUGACGCCCCGUGCCUUCCACCUCUCUGCAGGUCCUCGGCGGCCGAGGCGAAGCAGGCGGCGGCGGACACCCGAGAGCAGCCUCGGAGCUCUGCGCGGCAGUCGGCGGCUACAGCGACAGUGGCAAAGGGGCGCGCGAGUGGGCGCCGGAGGGGACCCGGCGAGCACCGAGCCCGGAGCUCCCCUCUUGGAACCGCGGGUGGGUGCCGGCCUCACAGGACGCGGGUCCUCCGCCGCUUGAACGGGAGCUCACGCUGCAAUUGAUUGGGCCCCGCCGGGCGGGCGCGUGUGUCCCAGGGAGCCGGUGCGGAAGGCAGAAGGGCAGGAAGUCGGCGUUCUGCAGCGAGGGUGGCGCGACCGCGCGGGGACCGAGCCUUCCUUAUUUAUGUGCCUGCCAGAGCCCUUCUGCUUCCUCCGAAGACUUCAGGGAGAGUGUCCGAGCUGCCAUCCCCAAGUGUGAGGACGCAGCGCUGGAUGUCAGAACAACAUGCUUAUCCAUUAAACUCCAAACUUUUCUUUUUUUAAACCCAAAGAAUAUCGGUGGCUUUUGCCCACUGCUAGAAGAGGGAGCCCAGGGCUCUUGAGAUGCAGCAGAAUCCGUAUUUAUAACAGGGCCCGUUAGUGCUAUGCAAGGCCCCUCCACUCCUUAAGUCCUCUAGCCUAUGGGUCUCGGUUUUUGAGUUUUGAGAUUAGAUUGCGCGCUCGGCACUGGGUCCUGCAACCUCCAUCCUUUCAAUGCCCUGUUAUUUUUGGGACUGCUGGCCUUCCCUGGAGAUUAGAGCGGUCCUGUGUGCCAUGGGCUGUAUUCAGAGCAUCGGAGGCAAAGCCAGAGUCUUCCGGGAAGGGAUUACCGUGAUUGAUGUGAAAGCCUCCAUCGACCCCAUCCCCACCAGCAUCGACGAGUCCUCCAGCGUGGUACUGCGCUACCGGACACCCCACUUCCGGGCCUCAGCCCAAGUGGUCAUGCCGCCCAUCCCCAAGAAGGAGACCUGGAUUGUUGGUUGGAUUCAGGCGUGCAGCCAUAUGGAGUUUUACAACCAGUACGGGGAGCAGGGCAUGUCUAGCUGGGAGCUCCCCGAUCUUCAGGAGGGAAAGAUCGAGGCCAUCAGUGACUCUGACGGGGUGAAUUACCCCUGGUACGGCAAUACCACGGAGACCUGCACAAUUGUGGGGCCCACCAAGAGAGACUCCAAGUUCAUCAUCAGCAUGAACGAUAACUUUUACCCCAGCGUCACGUGGGCCGUGCCCGUCAGCGAGAGCAACGUGGCCAAACUGACCAACAUCUACCGGGACCAGAGCUUCACCACGUGGCUGGUGGCUACCAACACCUCCACCAACGACAUGAUCAUCCUGCAGACCCUGCACUGGCGGAUGCAACUCAGCAUCGAGGUGAAUCCCAACCGGCCCCUGGGCCAGCGCGCCAGGCUGCGGGAGCCCAUUGCUCAGGACCAACCUAAAAUCCUAAGCAAGAAUGAGCCCAUCCCGCCCAGCGCCCUGGUCAAGCCCAAUGCCAACGAUGCUCAGGUCCUCAUGUGGAGGCCCAAGUACGGGCAGCCACUGGUGGUGAUCCCACCCAAGCACCGGUAACAGCCAGGCUGCUGCGAGGUGAGACUCAACGUAACAAUAUUACUACUCAGAAGGAAACCCAGAUGCCCUGUCCGGUCAUUCAGAAAAAUACAACCAUUCUACCUUCUCUGGGGGCGGAUCUCACUGUGCUAAUACCGGCUGACCCCCUGUCUCUUCCACGUGCUUCCCUGCAGGGAGGGGGGCCCACCCACCCCAACCCCAGGGCUCCUCUCCUCCCCUCACAACCUCAGUGUUCAUUGCAGCCGAUUCUCUGAAACACCGCUUUUUAUUUUUAUUUUCCCCUCUUUGUGGAUUCAAAGGCAGGGGAGGAGGCUGAUUGUCAGGGGACCCAGCCUGCCCUUCCUGCCUGCCCUCUGCCUGCCCUCUGCCAUGCGGCCUUAUGUAGACUUGCUUUGCCAAACUUUUGCCUUAAGCUGAAUUUAAAGGAGAGAAAGAAAUGGAAAGGUCACGGAUCUGUGCCCUACAGGACUUGUCCCCCUCCUGUCAGAGCUGGGAAGAGCGGAGGCCCACCUGGGCCCCGUCCCUCCUCCUGGGGGUCUGGGUGAGGGACAAGAGUGGGAUCUCAGGUCUAAAACCAGCUGUUUUAUUCUGUUGUUUGAGAGGAAUCAAAACCACAGACUCUGCCUAGAACUUCUAUUCCACCCCAGUAGAAUCCCUCCCCAGUACCCGGGUGCCAGGGGUGCGCACUAAGCAGGGCAUAGAGCCUUGAUCCCCCCUCUCCUCAGUAGCCUUAACUUGCCUGGUGGAGGUAUUCUGGGAGAAGAAAUGGGGAGUUCCCAAAGUGUUGGGUUGGGGCUAGGGAACUUUUUCACCUCUGCUGUCUCUAGCACCCGGCCCUAGGAAUGUGUCUUUUCCUCUUCCCUUCACCUUGGUCCCAAACACCUGGCAGGGUUGGGGUGGUGGCAUUGCCACUGAGUCUGGACAGUCCCAGCUGUCUGAAGGCAAAGAAGGUGUUCCCCUUCCUCCUGGCCAGCACCGUCACACUUGAAUCUGGGGUCCCAGCACCCAGGGGUGCCCAUACGCUAGCAUACUGUAAAGAAGUCACACCUGGGCUUCUGGGUCAUUCUCAGGGGAAGCAGCUCCCAGACUCUCUGGGGUGGGCUGCAGAGAGGCUCUAAACACCAGCUGGAGGGUGCCUGGGCCCUUCCCCUCCCCUCCCCAACAUAGGUGCUCAGGGGUGGGGGGUGGGGGGUGGGGGUGGAGGUCUGGGGAGCAGUCGGCUGACUCACUUGGGAGGUAGCAGGCCAUUGUGACACUGGCUUGCCACAUGGUAGACAGUCUUGGCAUCUACCUUCUGGAGCCAUAGAACUUGUCCUUGAGUGAUGCCAAGGUUUCUAGAAAUGUCUGUUUUGAGCUGCUUGAGGGACACUCCUGUGAGUGUGCUAACAGCUGCGUCCCUGGAUUCGAACCAAUCAUAAGCACAGAAAACUGUUAUCACAAGAAAGAGAAUGUUUUUGCUGCUGCUGAGCCAUUUGUGGGGGGCCUUGGAAACAAUGUGGUGUUUCGUGUGCAGCUAGAUCCUAGCUCUGAUUCUACGCUUGGGAUGCUUGUCCUUCUGGGGUACUUAAUGUCUGGUCAUUCUCAGCCACUAGGGCUAGGGCCUGCAGUCACCUGGAGCACACCGAGCAGGGCGUGCCCAUGGCACGGUUGCUGGAAGCCACUUGUCAGGGCUGGACCUUCCUGGAGCCUUCCUUUUCUCUGUGUGGAGGCUGUGGCCUUAGCUGGGAGAGCUGUGAUGUCUCAGCCCCACACUAGAUCAGGGCUGGCUGCUGACCCGAAAGGCCUUCUCUGGGUUCAGGACUUCCUUGCCCUGAAGGAAAGAGACAGCCCUGGGGAGGGUGGGAGGCGAUUCCUCAUCCUGGGCUGAGUGCUCUCUAAGGGUUUUGUGGGGCUAAGGGCUGGGAAUCACAGUAGGGGUGGCCUGAACUGCUCUGGACAUGGGGACCCCCAAACCCACAUUUCUUGAGCUCCUUCCCCACUGCAUGCCUGGCUUUGCCCACCUGGCUUCCCUGGCCCCCUUUCCUCUCUACCCUCCUGCCUGGCAGAAGACAGGGCUAGGGAGGACCCCGGAGAGGCUGUGUGGGUCUGGGCGAGAACACCCAGCUUCUCUUGGGCGUGUCCCUUCAGUCCAUUGCCUCGUGUUGUCGACAGACCCAGGCUUUCCUCUACCGCUGCCCUUCACACCCGUGCCCACCCAGGCGUGGGCACUCACUGUUUCUAGCAAUAAGCACCAACUGUCCUCGGUUGUGGACAGUACUGUGAACGCGAACCCAUGCGUGCACUUACCAGCAGGCGCGAGACUCUUGAAGACAAUGUCGAAUAAACCUUUUUUUAAGAUUAAAAUAAAAGCUAUAAAGAGAAAUAAAAUUAAUUUUAAAGCA